GGCACACAAGGACACAUUUCCCAGAGCCCAACAGGAGCCAGCGGUGCCACCCAGAGUUCUGUGGAAUAUUCCGGAGUGCCAACUUCUGCCCAAUAGAGCUGCCCAGCUGGAAUGCAUAGACCUGAGCCCAGUUACUGCAGAGAGGAGCCUACUCCGUGCCAGGGGGUGAACAGUACAUGGGUCCCUCCUGCAGAUACUGUGCCUGAAACCAGCCCGACCCCCAGCAGCCCUCCAGCUCCAGACAGUCCCACCCCCAGCCCCCAGCCUGGCUAUGGCUACAGCCCCUGCGAGGAGAAGCCGGGGGACCCGCGCAUCAGGCGGCCAAUGAAUGCUUUCAUGGUCUGGGCCAAGGACGAGAGGAAGAGACUGGCACAGCAGAACCCGGACCUGCACAAUGCUGUACUGAGCAAGAUGCUGGGCCAGUCGUGGAAGAACCUGAGCAGCGCAGAAAAGCGCCCCUUUGUGGAGGAGGCUGAGCGGCUAAGGGUCCAGCACCUUCAGGACCACCCCAACUACAAGUACCGCCCCCGACGGAAGAAGCAGGCCAAGAAGCUGAAGCGCGUGGACCCCUCUCCUCUGCUGAGAAAUGAAGGGUACAGAGGUCAAGCCAUGGCCAACCUAUCCCACUUCCGGGACUUGCACCCCCUGGGGGGCUCGGGGGACCUAGAGAGCUAUGGGUUGCCCACCCCUGAGAUGUCACCUCUAGAUGUGGUGGAACCCAGCGAGCCAGCUUUUUUCCCACCCCACAUGCGGGAGGAGGCCGACCCCGGACCCUUCAGAACUUACCAGCAUGGGGUGGAUUUUGGGCAGGAGAAGACCCUGAGGGAGAUCUCCCUGCCCUACUCCUCCUCACCGUCACACAUGGGGGGCUUCCUCAGGACUCCCACAGCCUCAGCCUUUUACUACAACCCUCACGGAGGGUCCCCAGCCUGCACCCCACUGGGCCAGCUCUCCCCUCCGCCCGAGGCCCCAGCCCUGGAGGCCAUGGAUCACCUGGGUCCGGCCGAGCUGUGGGGCGACUUUGACCGGAACGAGUUUGACCAGUACCUGAAUAUGAGCAGAACUCAGGGGCCGGGAUACCCCUUCCCCAUGUCCAAACUGGGGGCCCCCAGGACUAUACCCUGUGAGGAGAGCAGCCUGAUUUCUGCCCUCUCUGAUGCCAGCACUGCCAUGUACUAUACCCCCUGUAUUACUGGCUAGGGUGGCACUCUGGUACCGGGGGGGUACCUGGGGCAACAGUGGGGCAGCUACGGACCUGGGCACAGCAAUGUAUCCACUUUGUAAUGGGGAACGAGGGGGGCACCCCAGAAAUUCCAGUCCCACACAGCAACUCACAUUAAUGGUAGCAUUUCCCUUUAUCAAGAUGCGUAACUAUAACAAUCACCCAAAGUGUUAAAUAAAUCUCUGGCCCUGAGAUGUUUUAUUGUUCCUUUAAUUCAUCUUCUCCCACAUCCUCAGUUUCUGUCAGCUGCAAACAUCUAAAUAUGGGUAGGAGGUGCCAUAGUGUUUCCCUUAGACAGUACAGUAUGGGGGUACAGCUUAUUGUGUGCCCAGAACAUUCCCUCUCUGUAUAUUUGUAUUUAUACAUAUGGGUAGGAGGUGCCAUAGUGUUUCCCUUAGACAGUACAGUAUGGGGGUACAGCUUAUUGUGUGCCCAGAACAUUCCCUCUCUGUAUAUAUGUAUUUAUACAUAUGGGUAGGAGGUGCCAUAGUGUUUCCCUUAGACAGUACAGUAUGGGGGUACAGCUUAUUGUGUGCCCAGAACAUUCCUUCUCUGUAUAUUUGUAUUUAUACAUAUGGGUAGGGGGUGCCAUAGUGUUUCCCUUAGACAGUACAGUAUGGGGGUACAGCUUAUUGUGUGCCCAGAACAUUCCCUCUCUGUAUAUUUGUAUUUAUACAUAUGGGUAGGGGGUGCCAUAGUGUUUCCCUUAGACAGUACAGUAUGGGGGUACAGCUUAUUGUGUGCCCAGAACAUUCCUUCUCUGUAUAUUUGUAUUUAUACAUAUGGGUAGGGGGUGCCAUAGUGUUUCCCUUAGACAGUACAGUAUGGGGGGUACAGCUUAUUGUGUGCCCAGAACAUUCCCUCUCUGUAUAUUUGUAUUUAUACAUAUGGGUAGGGGGUGCCAUAGUGUUUCCCUUAGACAGUACAGUAUGGGGGUACAGCUUAUUGUGUGCCCAGAACAUUCCCUCUCUGUAUAUUUGUAUUUAUACAUAUGGGUAGGAGGUGCCAUAGUGUUUCCCUUAGACAGUACAGUAUGGGGGUACAGCUUAUUGUGUGCCCAGAACAUUCCCUCUCUGUAUAUUUGUAUUUAUACAUAUGGGUAGGGGGUGCCAUAGUGUUUCCCUUAGACAGUACAGUAUGGGGGUACAGCUUAUUGUGUGCCCAGAACAUUCCUUCUCUGUAUAUUUGUAUUUAUACAUAUGGGUAGGGGGUGCCAUAGUGUUUCCCUUAGACAGUACAGUAUGAGGGUACAGCUUAUUGUGUGCCCAGAACAUUCCUUCUCUGUAUAUUUGUAUUUAUACAUAUGGGUAGGGGGUGCCAUAGUGUUUCCCUUAGACAGUACAGUAUGAGGGUACAGCUUAUUGUGUGCCCAGAACAUUCCCUCUCUGUAUAUUUGUAUUUAUACAUAUGGGUAGGGGGUGCCAUAGUGUUUCCCUUAGACAGUACAGUAUGGGGGUACAGCUUAUUGUGUGCCCAGAACAUUCCCUCUCUGUAUAUUUGUAUUUAUACAUAUGGGUAGGGGGUGCCAUAGUGUUUCCCUUAGACAGUAC